AUGAAUCAAGCAGAAAGAAGUCGAAUACAUGGCAUGAAAAUUGAAAAACUCGCGAAUUAUCAUUUUUUUCUUUUUCCUCAACUAAAGCGGUAAAACGGCAGAGGAGCGACAUGACACAACCAACUUGUAUGAAGUCAGAGCUGACGAACAAUAUAAACACAGAAGUAACACUCAGAAACGAAAAUGUAAAAAAAGUAAUAAGGUUUUUGAAUUCCCAAUACAAAAACUAAACCACGCCCAGUUUUUCUGCAAUUGAGGCGCGGUAAUUCUGGAUAGUUACCCCACGGCGUUUUCCUUUUGGAACGCCGUGGGGUAACUAUCCAGUUUCUGACCUUUGGCAGCUCUCAACUUUUUGGAACAGUAGUGACACAUGGUUUUGUUACCACUAAAAUGAUCAGCGGGAAAUUCUCUACAACAUAUAAAAAAACUGAAAAAUGAUUUUUUGUCACUCUAACAUGCCCAACUCGUUCGCCCCUGAAAAUUAAAAUUUUUUUGAAAAAAAUUUUUUCUUUGAUGUUUUUGAGAAGACUCUUUGUUUUGCUAAACUUAAAAUUGCAUUUUGAGUUGUUUGAUAUAACUUUGGACCAAUUUGAGCGAAAAAUUGGCGAAAUUCGACUUUUUCGGUUUUCGAUUUUUAUAAUUUUGUAAAUUAGGAUUUUCACUCAACUUUUUUUAAUAUUUCGCGUUUUGUGGGGGCGGCCCUCCCACACCCCCGCCAAGGUCCCCUGACAAGUUUAUGGCGGGUUUUCAGUAGUUUUAAAAAUCGAGGAAAUUUUCAAUAUGAAAAAAACUUGUCAAACUGGUCGAAAAUUAAGUUUUUCAAAGCUUAUUUUUGAUAGAAAAAACAUGAUCUUUUGUGAUAUCUCUAAAAAUUUGUUCACGAUACCUUCAAAAACUCAAUUAGACUUGAAUUUUCAAAAAGUCCUAUUUUUCGAUCUUUGGCGGUUUAUAACUUUUUGGACGUUCAGAAACACAUAGUUUUGUUACAACAAAAAUGAUCAGCGUAAAAAUUCUGUACAACAUAUGUGAAAAACCAAAAAUGAUAUUUGUCGCUCUAACAUCGCUUCAGAAACCGCUCAAGGAGGUCCGCCAAGACGAUGGACAGCCGCUGGCAAAGCAGCCGAAGUCGUUCGCCAAAGAAAACGCCGCCAAGUUAUAGCCUUCAAACAAACUCAGGUGGGCGACGAGGGCAACGAAGACAACUUUGACGAACACGAAAACCGUCGCAAGGAACAAAGCGAUGGUUUUUUUAAACUUCCGUAACGGGAACUUUUAGACCUGUGAAAGUGUCCAAACCCAGUUGAAAUUUUUGGUUAGGCGCAGGCUUGGCCUGCGCCCUAUUUAGGGACAGGAUCUCAGAAAAUGGAUUUCGCCGCGCCACUAGGAAAUUUUUGCUUUUCACAUAUGUUGUGUAGAAUCUGAUUCUGGCAAAAAGUGUCAAAAACCGUGUGCCACCGUCCAUCGAAGAGAGUUAUAAGCCGCCAAAGGUGCAAAAAUGGGUUUUUUUCAAAAAUUCAGUGCUCAGUGAGUUUUGAAGAUACUGUAAUGGAAUUUUUCACACAUAAAGUAAAAAGACUUGACGUUUUAUUUAAAAAAAUAAAUUUGUUUUGAAAAAUAUUGAUUUUUGAUUAAUUUUUGCAUUUUCAAAAAUUUUCACGAUUUUCGAACUGCCGAAAACCCACAAAAAUCUUGUCAGAGUUCUUGUUUAACCUUUUGGAGGCGGUAGUACUCAUUAAUUUGAGCUAUUUACAGUUUACCAAAAAUGUUCAUUUACAAAAAUUAUUAAAAUUCGAAAAACCCGAAAUGGCGAUUUUCGCCAUUUUUCGACCAAACCGGCUAAAAAGUUAUAUCAAACGACUUGAAAUGCAAUUGUGAGUUCAAUAAAAUAGGAAUCAUCUCAAAAACGCGAAAAAGAUCAAGGGAAAAAUUUUCAAAACUCAGGCUAACGAGUUGGGCAUGUUAGGGUGGGAAACUCAUUUUUCAAUUUUCACAUAUGUUGUAGAGAAUUUCACGCUGAUCAUUUUAGUUGUAACAAAACUAUGUGUAACUUCACUCUCAACAAAGUUAUAAGGCACCGAAGGUCAAAAAAUGGGCUUUUUUGAAAUUCCAUGUCUGAAUGAGUUUUGAAGGUAUCGUGAUGAAAAUGUGCACAUGUAGCAUAACAAAUUGAGUUCUUCCUAUCAAAAGAACAUAAUUUCAAAAUAAAAACGUUUUUGACAAAAGGGGGCGCUUUGGCGGGGGUGUGGGGCAGCCGCCGCCACCAAACGCAAAAAUCUUUUAAAAACUAAUUGUCAAUCUUCAUUUACAAACAUUUUUUAAAAUUUAGAACCGAAAAAUCGAACUCGCACUUUUUCGCCACAACUUCGCCACAUUUGUAAUAAACUAAUCCCGAGACACUAACUUUUGUUGAGAGUUUUGUUGAAAGAAAAACUUGAGGGAGAAACUUUUUGAGGGAGAAACUUUUGUUGAAAAAUACGAACUGGAAAAUGAACAAAAACACCAAUUCAAACUACGCCAAAGUUAUGCUCAAUCAAAAGGCAACCUUCGGUUGUCAACAAAACUCGGAAAACCCAUAGGAAGCUGGGUCGAAAGACGACCACAAAAGGAGGGAUGCUAUUUAGGGGCCUUUGGAAUAAGCCUGACUGAAACCAACAAAAGUGGGAAAAUCAAAAAAGCCUGAAAACUGAAAAAGACGAAAUCCAACAAAACUGGGAAAAUCAAAAAAGCCUGAAAUCUGAAAAAGACGAAUCCAACAAAACUGGGAAAAUCAAAAAGCCUGAGAAGCGAAAAAGCGCGAAUCCAACAAAACUAGGAAAAUCAAAAUCCCUCAAAAAUAGCGUAAAACGCUAUUUGACCCUAAAUAGCGCGCCUAAUUUAAAAAGCCGUCUUUCUUUCAUAAGUUAUCCAGCGUUUUUCUUCUUUCAGAAUAGGCAAUUUGGUUCGACAUGCGAAAAAGUGAUGCCGAAUGAUUCUAAAUGAUUCAAAACGAAGCAAAACGCUUAGAAAUGUUUCGAAAUGAAUCGAAAUGUUUUGAGAUAAAUCGAAAUGGUUCGAAAUGUUUUGAAAUGAUUCGAAAUGAAUCGAAAUGUUUCAAAAUGAUUCGAAAUGUUUCGAAAUGUCUCGAAAUGCUCCGAAAUGAUUCGAAAUGUUUCGAAAUGUUUCGAAAUGUUUCGAAAUGAUUCGAAAUGAUUCGAAAUGUUUCGAAAUGUUUCGAAAUGUUUCGAAAUGUUUCGAAAUGAUUCGAAAUGUUUCGAAAUGCUCCGAAAUGUUUCGAAAUGUUUCGAAAUGAUUCGAAAAGAUUCGAAAUUGCUCGAAAUGUUUCGAAAUGAAAGAAAAUCAAAAUCACACUUUGAAUAUCCUGUUGACGGCGCGCUAUUUAGGGUCAAAUAGCGUUUUACGCUAUUUUUGAGGGAUUUUGAUUUUCCUAGUUUUGUUGGAUUCGCGCUCGCUUCUCAGGCUUUUGAUUUUCCCAGCUUUUGUUGGAUUUCGUCUUAUUCAGAUUUCAGGCUUUUUUGAUUUUCCCAGUUUUGUUGAUUUGGUCUCAAAUUUUUCCAGGCAUCCCUAAAUAGCACUCUUUUUGUGGCCGUCCCUGCGGCCCAGUUUUUCGAGGGUUAGGCGCAGGCUUGGCCUGCGCCCUAUUUAGGGACAGGCGAGCAGAAAUCGAUUUUGACGCGCCUCUAAGAAUUUUCUUUAUUUUUACAUAUGUUGUAUAGAAUUUCACGCUGAUCAAUUUAAAAGUGUCAAAACCGUGUGCCACCGUCCAUCGAAGAGAGUUAUAAGCCGCCAAAAGUCCAAAAAUGGGUUUUUUCAAAAAUGCACAUCUCUGUCAAUUUUGAAGGUAUUGCAAUCAAAUUUUUUUCACAUAAUGUGUAUAAACUUGUUGUUUUGUUUGAAAAUAGAAUGAUUUUAAAUAUAUUGAUUUUUUUGAUUAAUUUUUGCAUUAUCAAAAUUAUCACAAUUUUUGAACUGCCGAAAAUCCACAAAAAAACCUGUCAGAGUUCUUGUUCAACCUAUGGAGGCGGUAGUCCUUAUCAAUUCAAGCUAUUUAAAAAAAGUUUAUCAAAAAAAUGUUCAUUUACAAAAUUAUUAAAAUUCGAAAACCCGAAAUGGCGAUUUUCGCUCUUUUUGACCUAACUGGCUAAAAAGUUAUAUCAAACGACUCAAAAAUGCAAUUGUGAGUUCAAUGAAAAUAAUAUUCAUAUCAAAAACUCAAAAAGAAAAAUUUUUUUCGAGCCAAAAAUUUUGAUUUUCGGCCGAACGAGUUGGGCAUGUUAGAGUGAAAAAAUUUAUUUUUCAGUUUUCACAUAUGUUGUAGAGAAUUUUACCCUGAUCAUUUUAGUUGUAACAAAAACCAUGUGUAACUUCACUCGCAACAAAGUUAUGAGAGGUCGAAAAUGGGCUUUUUGAAGUUUCAUGACUGAUCUUCACGAUUUUCACGAUUUUCGAAGUGUUGAAAAACCAAAAACUUGUCAGGGGACCUUAUCGGGGUGGGGCAGCCGCCCCCACAAAAACGCAACAGUUAUUCAUCAAAAAGUCUUCAUUUUUCAAAAUUAUUAAAAAUCAAAAACCGAAAAAGGUGUUCAAAGCUUCUUCAGCGGUGACGUUCGCUGGCAUUUCUUCUCGCCACGGAACGAACAUCAUGCAAAGCCUGCGGAAAGUAGUCUUUCGCAGACUUGGUGUCGCCUUCAACGUCCGGCAAGAAAGUGCGCAGCACCUGUUAGAAAAACUUGUUUUUAUUAAUUUAAAAAUAGAAAAACCUGUGUUUUUCGUUUGCGAAAAUACUUCGUGACUUUCGUAUUGCCUUGUGCAUAUUCGAAAGGGCAGACAACAUCCAGCUUCAAGGGCAGGGAAGCAGAACCAUGGCGACCGGAUGUCUCCCGACAGACUUAUGCCAAUAAAAUUGGCUCUGUUCUUCCUUCAGCACUGCUGGUCGUUCCAUGAGCUCCUCGAAUUCUCCGUGGCGCAAGAAACGUGCUCCUCUUUUACAGCCUCAUCUUUUCCGACGACCUCGAAGUUCAUCACGACGGUGAAAAGGGAAAACUUCUAA